AUGCAGGAUCUUUCAAACAACAUUCUUCUUAAUGCAGUGAAGGCAUUUUCUCCUCUGAAGCUUCGUGUUGGAGGUUCUUUGGAUGAUAGACUGCAAUAUGAAACUGGUGAUUUUGGGCGCAAGUGCUUACCAUUUGUUAGGAAUGAUUCCGCUUUGUUUGGAUAUAAUGAAGGAUGUUUGUCAAGGUCUAGAUGGGACCAAGUCAACAAAUUCUUCAAAAAAUCAGGGGCUUUAGCCAUCUUCGGUCUGAAUGCUCUCAAUGGAAGGGUUCCUUUGCAAGAUGGUUCGCUCGGAGGUCCAUGGAACCACACAAAUGCUGCAUCCCUGAUCCGUUAUUCAGCCAAUAAGGGAUACAAUAUUUUUGGCUGGGAACUUGGGAAUGAGCUAAGCGGAAAAGGAAUUAGAGCGCGGAUUGAUGUAGAUCAAUACGCAGCAGAUACAAAAUCUUUAAAAAAAAUUGUGGAUCAAAUCUACAAGGAUAAUACUUUGAAGCCAUUAAUAAUUGCUCCUGGUGGUAAUUUUGAAGUAGAAUGGUAUACUCAGUUCAUUAAGCUGACAAAAACUCCAGCCUCACUUGAUGUAAUAACUCACCACAUGUAUAUUCUUGGCCCAGGUGUUGAUGACCAUUUGGUUGAUAAGAUUCUGGACCCUUCAAGGCUUGAUGAUGUGGCAUCAGUUUUCAGCAAACUCCGUGUCAUUUUAAGGAAUUCUGGCUCUUCUUCAAAGGCAUGGGUUGGAGAAGCAGGAGGAGCAUACAACAGUGGCCGUAAUUUUGUCACCAAUGCAUUUGUUUCAAGCUUUUGGUAUUUGGAUCAACUUGGGAUGUCAGCAAGCUAUGACACAAAGUCCUUUUGCAGACAGAGUUUGAUAGGUGGGAACUAUGGCCUACUAAACACCAUUAACUUCAAACCAAAUCCGGAUUACUAUAGUGCUCUUCUAUGGCAUCGUUUGAUGGGUACAAAAGUGCUAUCCACAAAUUUUAUUGGAACAAAGAAGAUAAGAGCUUACGCACACUGCGCAAGAGACUCUAAUGGUGUGGCACUUGUCUUACUCAACUUAGACCUCAAAAAAACAACACAUGUACAAGUGAAUAUCAAGGAGGCUGGACAUGGAAAAAAGACAAGGGAAGAGUAUCACCUUACUGCAAAAGAUGAGAACUUGCACAGCCAAACUGUGCUGCUAAAUGGCAGAGCUUUGAAUGUGAAUUCCAAAGGAAACAUACCUGCCUUAAAACCAGUAGAAGUUGAUGGCUUGCGGCCGAUUAAACUUGCUCCGGUUUCUAUUGUUUUUGCUCACUUGCCCUACGUUCAUGUGCCAGCUUGUAUUUGAUUUUUCUUUUUGUUAAUCCUCCACCUCAAUGCUCAUUAAAGAUGGACUGAGAAGUUGUCCAGUGCUGUCAUCAUUGUAGUUGUAAGGUUGAA